CUGGAAGAAGGAACGGAGCGCGGAGGAGCCAAGUGGCCCCGAAACGGCGCAAGUCCGCGACGACCCUACGCGAAGUCGCAAGAGUGCCAAAUGAAGACAACAAUGACCCUUCGCAAGAGCAGCGCGCAGACUCCAGACCUUGUAGGCGUCGUAAAGUGACCUCAACCGCUUGCUUCUGGGGGAAACGAGCUUUCUCCUCGCCAGAGAAGCUCCAGCCCGGACGCUCUUCUGGAAAGGCCAUCAGUGGCGGGCUCGGUCCUCUCUCCUCUCAGUCGCGGCCCGGCCGAGGCCACCAGGGGGCGCCCAGUCAGGCGCUCCUCGCGCGCUGCCCCGACGGCCGGCGGCGGCAGCGGCGGGCUUUGCGCCUCCCUCGCCAUGCCACCUCCUGGCAGGCGGGCGGGCGGCGCGCGCAGAGCGAGGCGCGGGGGCGGCGGCGGCCAGAGGUAGCCCGGCGAGGCUCCCAGCGGCGCCUUUCAAGCUCCUCGGUGCCGCCGCUUGGGACUUCUGAGGAGAGAGCGCGAGCGGCUGCCGGGAGGAUGUGGAGGCGGCGGCGGAGGCUGCUGCUGGUGCCGCUGCUGCCGCUGCUCGGUUCGUCGUCGUCGUCGGCGCCUUGGUGCGGGCGCUGCGCUGCAGGCGGCGGCGCGCUGCUCUCGCUGCUGCUGCUCCUGGCGCCGCUGGCCGGGACGCUGCGCGCCUUCAACCUGGACCAGGAGAAGCUCGCCGUCUACGGCGGCCCCGACGGCAGCUACUUCGGCUACGCGCUGGAUUUUUACAGCCCUGCGCCCCACGCAGUAAGUGUCCUAGUCGGAGCUCCGAAGGCCAACACUACCCAACCAGACAUCGUGGAAGGAGGAGCAGUCUACCAUUGCCCUUGGCCAGCCGCUGAAUGUAAACAGAUCCCAUUUGAUGGCACAAACAACAGAAAAAUCAAGGUCAAUGGCACGAGGGAGCCCAUUGAGUUUAAAUCCAAGCAGUGGUUUGGAGCAACAGUCAGAGCUCAUAAAGGAAAAGUUGUGGCCUGUGCUCCCCUGUAUCACUGGAGGACCCUGAGGGCGAUCCCUGAAAAGGAUCCCGUUGGCACCUGCUAUGUAGCAAUUCAGAAUUUCAGCGCCUAUGCUGAGUACUCUCCUUGCCGCAACGACAAUCCGGAUCCUGAGGGGCAAGGUUACUGUCAAGCAGGAUUCAGCUUAGACUUUUACAAGAAUGGAGACCUCAUACUAGGGGGACCUGGAAGUUUUUAUUGGCAAGGCCAGAUUAUCACAAGUAGCAUAGCCGAUAUUAUCACAGACUACUCCUUCAAAAAUAUUAUGAAGAAGCUAAGCCGAGAAAAACAAACUGGAGUGGCGCCGUCAAUAUACGACGACAACUAUCUGGGAUACUCAGUGGCUGCUGGUGAGUUUACUGCAGAUUUUCAACAAGAGCUGGUAGCUGGAGUCCCAAGAGGCGCACAGAACUUUGGCUAUGUUUCGAUUAUAAACUCCACAGAUUUGACCUUUAUUCAGAAUUUCACCGGUGAACAGAUGGCAUCUUACUUUGGAUACACGGUUGCAGUGUCAGAUGUUAACAAUGAUGGGUUGGAUGACAUCCUAGUCGGUGCUCCCCUCUUUAUGGAGCGUGAAUUUGAGAGCAAUCCUAAGGAGGUUGGGCAGGUGUAUCUCUACCUACAAGAGAGUGCCUUGUACUUCAGAGAACCUCAAGUGCUGUCUGGCACUGAGGUGUUCGGCAGAUUUGGCAAUUCCAUUGCACAUCUCGGAGAUCUAAACCAGGAUGGAUUUAAUGACAUUGCAAUAGGAGCACCAUUUGCUGGAGAAGAUAGAAGGGGGAAGGUCCUCAUUUUCAAUGGAGCUAAUAAUGGGUUAAAUCCUAAACCUUCCCAGGUUCUCCGCGGUAUGUGGGCCUCCCAAUCGAUGCCUGCGGGAUUUGGUUUUACACUGAGAGGAGACUCCGACAUAGACAAGAAUGAUUACCCAGAUUUGAUUGUAGGUGCAUUUGGAGCUGGCAAGGUAGUUGUUUACAGAGCGAGGCCGGUGGUGACAGUCGACGCGCAGCUCUUGCUUACCCCGGUGAUUGUAAAUCCGGAAAAUAAAACCUGCCAGCUUCCUGGCUCAGUGACUUUGGUGGCUUGUUUUACUGUAACCAUCUGUGUGACUUUUGAAGGUCCAGGCAUUUCAGAAAAAAUAGCUCUGAGAGCUGAACUCCAGCUAGAUGUGUUAAAAGUGAAAGGCGCUGUUAAGCGUGCCCUCUUGCUUGAUUAUCAUCAGCCCCAGCAUAUCUUCCUCUUCACAAUAGACAGGCAGAAGCGGCUCACUUGCAAGGACUUUGUGGUUUAUCUCAGAGAUGAAACUGAAUUCCGAGAUAUGUUGUCUCCAAUCAGCAUUAGUUUGAACUACAGCUUGGAUGAAUCCACCUUUUCAGAUGGUUCAGCUGUGAACCCAAUAUUGAACUAUUACCAAGAAAACUACAUCGGGGAGCAGGCUUACAUUCUUGUGGAUUGUGGAGAAGACAACGUGUGCAUUCCUGACUUGAAACUUUCCGCUGUGCCGGAUAGAGAUCAGAUCAUAAUUGGGGAGGAAAACUGCGUCACGCUCAUGAUCAACUCAAGAAAUGAAGGCGAAGGGGCCUAUGAGGCUGAGCUCCAUAUUAAGAUACCCCCAGAGGCAGAUUACACCGGUGUCGAGCGUAACAGCAAGGCCUUGCGCGUGCUGAGCUGCGAUUACAAGAUGGAAAAUGAAACUAGAAUGGUGAUUUGUGACCUCGGGAACCCCAUGGCAGCUGGAACAAAUUUUUCUACAGGCAUCCGGUUUACCGUUCAACGUUUUGAAAAUGCUGAAUUCAGCAUCCAGUUUGAACUGCAAGUGAGAAGUUCCAACAAGGUUAAUCCCAACAGUAAUCUGGUUGACCUUCAGAUUGACAUAAGUGCAGUAGCUCAAGUACAGGUCAGAGGAGUCUCCCAUCCUCCACAAAUCGUUUUGCCCAUUCAUAACUGGGAACCAAAGGAUGAACCUACUAAAGAAGAUGAGAUUGGACCUUUGGUGGAGCACAUAUACCAGUUGCAGAACAUUGGGCCAAGUGCCAUCAAUGAUACAGUCUUGUAUGUGGAAUGGCCAGUUCUGAGCAGAAAGGAAUUCCUUCUUUACAUCCUUCACAUUCAGACACAUGGACCACUGCAAUGUCAAACAAGCUCUGCAAUCAAUAGUUUGGAAAUAAAGUUUGCUGUCCCAGAGGACACUCCAGAACUCGCUGCUUUUUUGCGCAACUCCUCCAUUCCCCACUAUGUUGGACGGAGGGAAGCCAAAGUGGUGGAGCAUCAAAAGAACUCUGCAAAAGUUCUGAAUUGCACAAAUGUGGAGUGUUUGGUGAUAACUUGUUCAGUGGGUCUCUUAGAAAGAGGGAAAAGUGCUGCACUGAAAAUACGGUCUCGUUUGUGGGCUUCAACAUUUCUACAGAGGAAAAAUGACCACUACUCUCUUUCCGUCAAUGUGUCAUUCGAAGUAAAGAAGAUGCCGUACAAAGUUCAGCCAACAAAACUCCCUGAAGGAAGCCUAGCAACCAAAACAUCUGUUAUUUGGGCUACUCCAAACAUUUCCUUUAUAAUCCCGCUGUGGGUUAUAAUAUUAGCCAUACUCCUUGGACUGCUGGUUUUGGCUAUGUUGACCUUAGCAUUGUGGAAGUGCGGCUUCUUUGACAGAGCGAGGCCCCCUCGAGAUGACAUGGCUGACAGGGUGCAACUGACAAGUGACAAGACUACUGACACAUAGGAAGAGGAGAGUCCUCCUGGUCAAGAGCAGAAAAGUACAACAGAUUCCACUUACCGGGAACUUUCUUGCCAAGAUGUGGUCAUAAUCUGAACUAUGCAGUGUUCUACGUAUUCACUACAUAAAUGACCUUAGAUGGGAAGACGAGAACAAUGAUCACUGCCUCAAAAACAUAACCAGCUGAUGAGCAGCAAAGAGAGAGAGAGAGAGAGUUUUAUUUAAACAAAAGAUCACUUGAGUCAUUCACACGUGGAUGGCAUUAGAAGCACUCCUGUAGUCUGGACCAUGUGGUGAUGAAACGCCUAUGUUGCUGUAUGGCUUAAAGACAAAAUGUUCAAACUCUACUGUAUCAUGACAUAAUGUUGUGGUGCCUCCCUAAGGAUAGGAAUUUCUAUGAAACUCUGGCUCAGGGAGACAAGCAAUAUUGUUGGUACUGUGAAAGUACUUCUGACAAGCAAAAGUAGCCUUUAAAAACACUUUCCAUAAGCGAGGCACAAUUAUUUAUUUUUCCAUCUUUUUGUAGGCUGGGCAUCCUAACCAAAAUAGGCUCUGAAGUUUUAUACUGAUGAUAACAUUACUUUGCAUGUAAAUAGAGUGGAUGUAUCCUGCACAUUCCAUAUACCAGUUAUAAGAGUCGGGACGGAAGCAAAAGUAUAUAUUAUUUUAUAGGAUGGAGUGUAUGAUAAAGAAUUGCAGAAUCACAGGCCUGGGAAGUGACCCUGAAGAUUAUAGUUCAACCCUGAACCCUAAGGAACAUGACAUAGAAACUUCCAUUUAUUUAAUCGCCCCACACCGUGGACAUAGCAGAUUAAGGUUACCCACUAUAUCCUGAUCGUCAAACAAAGAGAGGUCUGCCGUCCCAUGUUAGAGACACAGAGUGCAGUCCUAUACUCACAUGAAAGUCUGGAACUUACUCCCAACAAAGCCUAUAUAGGAUUGCAGCCUAAUUGUAGAAAAGACAGUAGUAAAUUGUGCAUAUUCAAGUACCUAAUACAAUCCUGUUACUGCUAGUAAGGUGAACUAAGAAGGGCAAUGGCUCAAUGACAGAGCAGUUGCUUUGCAUGCAGAAGGUCCCAAGUUUAAUCCCUGACAUUUGCAGUUAGGACUGGGAGUGUCCCCUGUCUGAAAAUCUGGAGAAUUGCUGUUUAUCACUGUAGAUAAUACUGGGCUCGAUGGGCCAAUUGUUUGACUGGGCAGCUUCCUGUGAUCCUAAGCCACAUACAAUAAGGUGAGGCAAAGUGGGGGGAAAUCAGCUGGCCAACCUGAUUUGGGAGAAAACAUCCAAUGUAAAUUAAACGAAAUCAAUUACCGGUAAGCCUUUGUUGCAAAACAAACCCCAUUCACCAACCUUUCUUAAGGAAAGUUCAGCUUGGGCUCACUAGCGCACGUGAGCUUCCAACAGCCAGCAUCUGCUUCCAAUUGAAACAACCACUGAUGAUUCAAAGUGAAGAAGAUGUAAAGUGAAAGAAAACCUCCCCUAAUCCUAGUGUGGCACAUCUGUAGAACAGAUUAAAAAUUACCUUUAUAAAUGCAUCCAGAUCUACCGGUAGUUUGAAACCAACGUAAAGGUCGUGUCUUUCUUUUUUGCUCCCAUAGCUUUCCUAAGGAAGUUCCAUACUUUUAGAUAUUUAGCGAACCAUUUGGAGACACUUGGACUUAUAACAACCCAUUCCAGCAAGUCUCUUUUGAACAUCAGAGCUCCUGUGCAUGUGUAGGGAACUCCUGCACAUGGAAUGGUUUCCCAUUGAUUUCAAUGGAGAGGGCUAACCUGUGUGCAUUCCUUUUCAUGUGUGGAAACAAGCAGGGUGCCACUGAGAAGAACCGGGACAUGGCUCAUGGAGGAGCACCAUGUACACGCCUAGUUUCUGAAUUGCAAUGAUCUUUUUUAUUAUUAUCCACGGUUGACUUUUGUUUUCCCGUUGUCUCUUACAAAUUUAUCUAGCAUUAGUCCUGUUUGGACUAGUUUAGGCCCAUUAAUUUCAGCACGGCAAUCACUGGACCUCAUCCAGGAAGAUUUCCAAGGUGUUCCUAUAAACAUGAUCUUUCAUAAUAGCCACCAGUCCAUAGACUUUGGAAUGGCUGGACCAGAUUAGCUUCCACUCAUAUGGUGAACCUUGCUUAAAACUGAAAGCAUUGGGGCAAAUUUGUUUUUUUAAAAAAAAUAUCUGCAUGAGGUUUUGAACUUCCUGUACCUUCUAUACUCAUAUCAUUUGAAUCCACAAGUAAAAUGCUGAAUGUAAAUAUUAACAUUGCUCACUUUCUUGCCUUCUCCCUGCCUGGCUUGUUGAAUUCAUGUUUAGCACACUAUGGCCCAGAUUCAAUCGUUCCCAUUAUCCUAAUUGUUGCCUUGCCAAAACCCAAACUACUAUUGCCAGAGACUGGGAAGAACAAACGGACAAUUUGCUCCUGAACCCCUCAUCCAAUUAACUGUUGAGCUAUGUUUUUACAGAGAACCAUUCAGGGGGCAGGGGGCAGUUCUUGGUAGAAACAAGGCAGGGCAGUGAAAAUGAGGGCUUCCUCUUGCUACAACCAUUUUUACUUCUCUUAUGCACUCAUAAUAUGCAGAGGAUGAUUGCCUCAGGUAUCAAAACCAUGCUGCAGAUUUCUACACCAUUGCCAGCUUAUUCACAUAUCCACCCUUGGAAAAGAAGUGAGUUGUAUCUCUUUUCUAAAUGCUGAAUUAUUGACUUAAAACCAUAGUUUAUCCAGAAUGGUGACUUGGUUGAACACCUACACAUUGACUACAGAUGGAUGAAACAUCAUUAGGAAAUGCGGAUGAUAUUUUUUUUCUAUGUGCAAUACUUUAUAUUAUCUAUGUACCUGGCGCUUGUUUACACUGGCAUUUGCGAUUCUCUGAAAACUUUUGAAUAUAUUGAUUAACAACCAAAUAAAAAAAAUAACUUCCCUGCCUUA